GCUGGGAUCAAGCCAGGCGGGGAAUGCGCAAGCUCGGCCCGGCGAGACGGCCGCCUUAAGUCCCAGGUCCAUCUGCAUCAUGGCGCUCUGGCGGCGGGCGCUGCUGCUCCUCCUGCUCCGCUACAGAAUCUUGGCGAUAGAGCUGAUCUCUAAAAAUAUGAAUCCCGUGGUGGAGGAAUUUCGACGGGCUGAACUUUCCUGCAUUAUUUCUACCACCAAAACAGCCAAUCCCAGAAUCGAGUGGAAGAAAAUUGCCGGCGGAGCCACAACUUACGUGUAUUUUGACGGCAAGAUGCAGGGAGAGUGGGUAAACCGCGCCCAACUCAGCAGCAGGACGUCGCUGAUCAUUCAUAAUGUCACCCGGGCUGAUAAAGGUAUCUACCGGUGUGAGGUGGUAGCCCCUGAUGAUGCAAACCUGGGUGCAGAAAUCAACGUUAACCUGACCGUUCAUGUGAAACCAGUGGCCCCCAAGUGCCGGGUGCCCCAGUCUGUCCCCGUGGGGAAACCAGCCACCCUCCACUGCCAGGAAAAGGAAGGGUUCCCGGAGCCAACCUACAGCUGGUAUCGUAAUGAUGAAACGCUGCCCCUUGAUUCCAGAUCCAGUUCUAAGUUCCAGAACUCUUCCUUUACAGUGGACCCCAAAACAGGCAUGUUGGUCUUUGUCGAAGUGCAGAAAGGAGACUCUGGCCGCUACAGCUGCAGAGCAAUGAAUGCGGUUGGCGAAGCCUGGUGCGAAGGAAUAGAAAUGGAAGUCUAUGACCUUAAUAUUGUCGGGAUCGUGAUUGGAGUAUUGGUGGUGCUGGUCGUUCUGACCCUGAUUACAGUGGGGAUCUGCUGUGCCUACAGGAACGGUUUACUUGUCCACCACAAACAAAAUGGAAACAGCUACAAGACUCCAACGAAGCCAGAUGGCGUGAACUAUAUUCACACAGAUGAGGAGGGUGACUUUAGACACAAGUCCUCCUUUGUGAUAUGAAACAGCAGAGACAUUUGGAUUUUGCCCAGCGGCGAGAGCGGAGCGCAGAAAACCUUCUCCAAUCCCUUGCGCAUGAGGCGAUAACUGAUGUGUGUGUGGAUGUGUUCCUUUUUACUCCUUUCAAAACCAUUUACAGGCACACAGGUGCACCUGCCUGAUUUUUUUACUCUUUUGUCGUUGCCAAAGUCAAACCCCCGUUUUUAACAGCCAAACUGCCGUCUUCCACUCUAGAAGCGACCGUUGCAAACACCGCCCUCUCUCCAGGUGGCAAGGAGAGCACCUCUUCAACCUUUGGCAGGAGGAAACGAUUCUGGGAAAUCAUUUCCGUAAAAUCUCUGGGGAUCACUUCUGUGCCACCCAAGGUUGCAGAGCUGCCUCUUACACUAUUGCGCCAACGUAGCAUCAAAACAUCCUUCUGCACACUGAGCAUCUGAUCACUCUCAUCUGCUUCAUGCAGUCUUGCUCAUUGGAUGCCCUUUCCCAUUCCAACCUCUGCAUGCCAAACAUCUCUUUGGGUAGCUAAGUAACAACAACAACAACAACAAGCCAAACUCUGACUUCUUGAUGUGGUACCUAAGACCGAAGACAGAAUUUUUCUACUGUUCCUAUUCUUUCGUUUGUAGAAUUCUGCAGUCUAAUUUUUUUUUUUUGGCAAAGAUAUAUUUUGAUUACUUUUUUAAAAAACAUCGUUUUUUUUUAAUUUAAAAUGUAAAUAGGUUGGUAGGCCAAACAGUGUUAAUUGUAAUAAUGUAGUAACUUUAUAGGGGGUUCUAUUCACACUUUCCAGUACUGAUUCAAACCAUAUCAGUAUUAACCAAAAGUACAGAAGGCUCAGUGGUGGAAAACAGCAGGGACAAAACAUCUGUUGCUUUCGUGGGGAAAGCAAUUUAAUACUUAUCUUCUCCCUGCAGAACAAUACGGGCAGGAUAGAGACUUGUCCAACUAGUAACAGGAACCUAAAGGGAAGCCCUCGGGUACGUUGCAGCAAAUUGCUUUGUAAGUUGAAGGGAGUUUGUGAUAUGACAAGAUGCUCAAAAGAGAAACGCCCACAUUUUUUCAGGGGUGCAAAAGUCAUUGAGUUCUAAAUCUUGGAUGUGCCCUUUGAGUCCUGGGGAGGGUAAAAACGUACAGCCGUUGUCAAAUGAAGCUCUGCAGUUUAGCCAGUCAAAAAUGGAGGAGAGUGGGCUUUUCCACAUCAUCUCCCUUUUAGACCAUCCCGCUUACAGCUCGUGAAAACACUUCACUUGUCUAUUACAGAAAAAGAGAAAGAAAAGAGAAUGGAGUGUAAUUAAAUCCACAGUUGGUUCUCUCUCUCUCUCUCUCUUUCUCAGUUUCCUGUUCAAGUCACAAUGGGAGCUGCCAACUUAUCUGGCUAUAAGCAAGCAAUUCCUAGCUUUUCUCAUGGCAGCUGGGCCCUCCUGUGUAAGAUAUACGGCAAGGAUCAAACAAUUUGCUGUGAUGGAAAAAGUGGCGUUUCUUUCCAAAAACGUGGUACAUUUUUAGAGAUGUUUGCUUCAGCCUUCAAGUUCAUAGUCUUAAUUCUGGACAUGGACGGUAUUUUUUAUUACCUAAGAGGACGUAGGACUCCUAGUAUGGAUUUGUUGGUCUUCUGUAUUAACCUGCCUUAGAAUAUCCAACACUGGAUUGCUUUGGUUUCUCUGUUUUUAAGGAAGUUGAGAAGAGAGGUCAUUGGUGCAUUUUAUUUCUGUCCAACAGCUUUGAUUCCUGUCCUUUCAGGGUAAAGUGGCGGUAAAUUUAAGGCGGCGGGGGGGGGGAGCUGUAACAAUGUGCCCCAACCCUGCCAUCUUGUUUUGAUUUUAACCGUGGCUACCUCGGCAUUUGACCAAAGUCAGGCUUUUAUCCACUGCCAAAAUGAUUUUCUCCCUGUCAGCUUUAUUUGGGAUAGAAUAGGGUUGCCUUCUGGGUCAAAAUGGCUGUCCCUUCUGCCUUAGUACAUUCACUAACCCUUUUUGAGGCUGCCUCUCUGACACCCAAGUGAGCAGAAAAGCCUUGAAUAUUUAGUUGAGAAUGAAGAAUCAAGACCUCUUGCCUUCGAGAUACGUCUACGCUGUUACACACCUAACCUGGAUUAAUUGGUAUGGUUUGCAACCAGGGCAGGUUAGAAGUCCAAGUAGAUUAAAUCUAACGGAUGGCCCAUCCUCUUUGCAAAACUGAGUGUUUAAUAUUAGAUAGCAGUUUAAAGGAGUUCCAAUUCUCAGGCUUCAGGAGGUACAAAAUUCAGUUGAACAGCAGGAGUAGGAACUCUGGCCAUGGUGUUUUGGGCCAGGCUGAAGUCAAGUAGGUCAGCUCAAUUCCUUGGGUACCCAUCAUGCUGCAGUGUAAUCUUCCCAUUUUGCUUGGGAGUGACCCUGUUCAUCUCUCCGGUCUUGAGUUCUACCCAAGGCUGAAUACAAUAGAAUGGCAGAAUACUUGGAUGAGUUAUCUAUUGCUGGUGAGCCCCAGUUCCUAGAAGUCCUGGUGAGCAAGGUCAGUAGUGAGAUAAGCUGGGAGCUGUCACUCGGCAUCGUUUGGCAGUGAAGCGCACGGGCACCCCUUGGCAUGUAAUAAUUUAGCACCUAUGGGGGAAGUACUUCAGGGUUUGAAGUGCCAGUUCAUUACCUGAAGAGGUUUUUCAUGUACCAUAGGAACCUAAACAGGUUGGUAAUUUAAGGUAGUAUAAUUUGUUAUUCAAACACUCAAUCUGUGCCAGAGUUGGCAUGGCUCAUUAAUAUAUUUGUUACUUUAAUGAAAAGGGAGUAAUGAAUUUCAGAUCCUAGAAAGGACUAUUAGUGGCAAGGGAUGAGUCAAUUAAAAUUUCUUCCACUGAAGUCAGGUCCAUUAAUCCUGGUUAAAUUUGUAACAGACACAAAUGCUUAGAGUUACUUCUUAAAAACCAGUUGUCUUGUUCUAGUUAGAAACUUUGCCUCCAAAGAAUUAUAAUCUUUUUGGGUCUCAAAAAUGCACCAGUGGAGUCUCUCUUAACAAAUAGGUCUCCGCAAAACACAUUGUAAAUACUUGACCAGUUUGUACUAAUGUAUUGCAUUUAACUUUGCUGAGAAUGUUUUACAUAAAUAUAUAUA